GCCUGAUGUCACCUGCGUUAACAGCUAACCACACGCAGGCACGUCAGAGCAAUAAGGUAAGCUCGAGCUGAGCUUAACCUUGGACUUUUGACCUUGAAUCACAUGCACAAUGUCUCGCAGCCUCGCCAGAUUUCUUCAUCUUGAGCUUUGAUAGACUGUGUAUUUUUCUCUGGUUAUUUCUACGCCACGAGGCUGGAGGUUCAGGUUUCUGUCUCUAACUGUGUAGACUGUGCCACGCGACCCCUCGCAUUCUCUUAGCUCGAACGGCGUGAACAAGGCAGACACGACAUAUAACAGUCCAGAGGGCGCCUCUUCGUUUAUUCAGUUUUGGUCGACGUAAUACCUCGUAAAGAGCAUAUAACAACAUCUGGGAACCAACACAAACGAACAGAGGCACCGCCAUGGCUGACACCAAAACCGAUGGCCCACCGGAGACGGUGAUCCCUUCGCCGGAGCUACUUGCUGGUCUCGCAGAGAAGUCUUUAGCAGAGAAGCAGAAGCCCAAACAAAAAGAGGAGCAUCCUUCGGGGAAAGAAAGCUAUGGAACUCUGAUGCAGAUUGUGCGCGGCUCCUUGUUCGCCCUAUACUUCAACACAUGUUGCAUGAUCAUUUUCCUUACCCAGCUUGUCGGCGCUCCCUUGUACUUCGUCAAUCGUGACUGGUACUACGCUUACAUGGCUAUGACGAAACAAUCUUUUUGUCUUACGACAACUUCCAUGACCCAAAUCUGGGGCCCGACUACCAUCCGAAUCAGCGGUGACGAGUCGGUCGCUGGCCAGAUCAAGUUGCGACCCGAUGGGGGAGUUCAGUUCGAGUUCCCUGAGCGUUUGGUGAUGAUUGCCAACCAUCAAAUCUAUACUGACUGGCUGUAUCUGUGGUGGAUUGCUUACGCUAAUUCCCCUAGCAUGCAUGGGCAUAUCUACAUCAUUCUCAAGGAGUCUCUCAAGCAUAUCCCUCUCAUUGGUUGGGGAAUGCGCUUCUACGGAUUCAUCUUCAUGUCACGAAAGAUGGCCUCGGAUCAGCCCCGCCUGGCCUACCGUCUCAACAAACUCAAGCAACGCAAGGUUGAUCCUAAUGGAAAGUCGUAUAUGGACCCCAUGUGGCUGCUCUUGUUCCCCGAAGGCACGAAUCUUUCCAAUAAUGGGCGUAGAAAGUCGGCUGGCUGGGCUGCCAAAAACGACCUCAAGGAUCCAGACCAUGUCAUGCUUCCACGAAGUACUGGUAUGUUCUUUUGUCUGAACGAGCUCAAGGGAAGCAUCGACUACGUCUACGACUGCACGGUUGCAUAUGAGGGAAUUCCCCGAGGUGGAUUCGGUGAGGAGUAUUUUGGUUUGGUGAGCACCUAUUUUCAAGGUCGCGCCCCUAAGUCGGUCAAUUUCCACUGGCGCCGCUUCAAAGUCAGCGAUAUGCCCCUUCACGACCAGAAGGCCUUUGAGCUCUGGUUGCGUGAGGAGUGGUAUAAGAAGGAUGCACUCAUGGAAGAGUACCUGACAACCGGUCGCUUCCCUCGUAUGGCUGGUAGCAAGAUCGACUACAUCGAGACCGAGGUCAAGACUCGAAAGCCUUGGGAGAUUCUUCAGAUCUUUGCGGUUGUUGGUACCGCUGCAUUAAUCUGGCACAACAUCAAGAAGUCCUUCUCGACUGUGUCAUCCGCGUUUCGUUGAACCUGAGCCGAGGUUCGGUCAGGAACAAGCAAAUAAGAUUAUAGGACUCGGUGCUUGGCCGCCGCAGGUAAAAUGAAUUGGAGGAUUGCGUGAACGUUGAAGGUUGCACAAAUCCUUCUAAAUGAAUAGACAGGGUACGAGACGGGAUACUGAAGGUGUGGACGGGACGUUCUGGCUUGGAUUUGAUCUUUUUUGGUAAUGUUUACGGCGUGGAUGAGAUACCGAGGCGCAAACUGGUCUGGGACGGUACAUGAGAGAGAACGACAUGAUGAGAUGACGCGUGUAAGGAUUCGGGCAGUGUCCGAGAUAUGGACAUUCUUGAUGGUUCAGCUAGAGUAUGGUAUAGGGAGAAUUGGCAAAGCGUUGAAUGACACAUUUUGACUACUGGAA